AAGUUUGAACCGCGAACACUCACGCGGGGCAUCACGUGACCUUUUUCCCAUUUGGCAAAUUAUACUUGGUAAUGGUCCAAAACCAAAUCCAUGGCCGAUCGUCCGAUCAUCAGCAACUCCGAUCGAUCUAGUCUUAACCAAAAUCCCAAACCCUAGACCUGGUUCAGGGUUUUUCAUCUUGUCAGUUAUCAUCUUCCCGUUUCCCUGUCUUUUAUCUUCUUUUCUUUUCUUCCAAACAACUCCCAUGCUCCUUGCUUUCUCUUAGGGCUGGGUCCCCCCCAAUCCUUCGUACCCCAUGAAUCCAAGCUAAAAUCCCAACCCAGCUCAAUGGAUUUCGUCGAAUUGGAGACGAUCGAAGGCCUCAGGUGGACCUGGAACUCAUGGCCACCUUUCAAACCAGAUGCAUCGGCUCUAGUCAUCCCACUCAGCAUAAUGUGUACCCCCUUGAUGCAAUCGAGCGAGCUUCCUUUGCUGCAAUACGACCCUCUCAUCUGCAGUCGGUGCGGCGCCGUCUUGAACCCCUACGCCCGCGUGGAGUACCAAUCUCGCAUCUGGGUCUGCCCCUUUUGUUACCAGAAGAACUCGUUUCCGCGUUCCUAUAGUGGCAUCGGAGAGAACAAUCUUCCAGCGGAGCUGUUCCCCACUUACAGCACCGUCGAGUACCAACUCGGUCGCAAAAGCUCCAAUCCCACCUCGAAUUUGAAUUUGAAUCCGAAUCCCAAUUGGGGAAAUGGGACGAUGUCUUCUUCUUCAUUAUCGUCCUUCAGGUCGUCUUCAUCUUUAGUAUCGUCCUUUUCAUCGUCCUCGUUGUCGGGUGCGGAUUCUCGUGUGUUGGGACCGGCGUUUGUGUUUGUAGUGGACGCCUGCUCGGCUGCGGAGGAGCUUCGGGCGCUUAAGAAUGAGUUGUUGCAUGUUCUUGCGCAGUUGCCGGAAAAUACUAUGGUGGGGUUGGUUACUUUUGACUCGAUGGUGUGUGUUCAUGAUCUUUGUUUCGCUGAAUGCUCGAGGGUUGUGCUGUUUCAUGGUGACCGUGAACUCUCAUCGGAUCAGAUCCAACAAUUCUUGGGUAUUACUCGCACAAAGCAGCAGCAACUUGGAAAGACACCGACUGCUGAAAAGCAAACUUUUCUGGUUCCAGUAUCUGAAUGUGAGUUCAGUAUCACAACAGCGAUUGAAGAGAUUCAUUCUUCAGUGCAGGUCUUGCCAGGCCACCGCCCUCUUAGGUCCACAGGAGCAGCGAUAUCAGCUGCCAUUGGACUUCUAGAAGGAUGCUUGGUGAACAAAGGUUCACGGAUCAUGGUCUUUACAUCCGGGCCUGCAACAGUUGGCCCUGGGAUUAUUGUAAACUCAGACCUGAGUAAUGCCAUCAGAACUCACCGAGACCUCAUUAACGGUCAUGCACCUUAUUAUAGAAAGUCUAGCGGCUUCUACAAGAAAUUGUCGCAGAGAUUAUCAGAUGCAUCUAUUGUUCUUGAUUUGUUUGCUUGUUCUCUUGAUCAAGUUGGAGCCUCAGAGUUGAAAGUCCCUGUUGAGACGUCAGGCGGAUUCAUGAUGCUAGGGGAGUCAUUUGAGUCAGAUCAGUUCAGAAAAUGCCUGCGGCACAUAUUCAAUCGGGAUGAAGAAGGGAAUUUGAUGAUGUAUUUUGAUUCAACUAUUGAGAUAGUGACCACAAAAGAUGUUAAACUUUGUGGAGCUCUUGGACCUUGUGUGUCCCUUCGGAAAAAGAACAGUUUAGUGAGUGAGAAUGAGAUUGGUGAGGGUGGUACUUAUAUGUGGAAGUUGGGCACACUGACUAAUAAAACAUGCAUUGCUUUCUUCUUCCAAGUGGGUGAUGAGCAGAAAGUUCAACCCGGUUCUGCAUUCUUCAUACAGUUCAUAACACGUUAUCUACAUGGGAACAUGGGAAUGCGGAAAAGGGUUACCACUGUGGCAAGAAGAUGGGUGGGGAAGCACUCACCAGAAAUCGCCGCUGGGUUUGAUCAAGAAGCAGCAGCUUCAGUCAUGGCCAGACUUGCCAUCCAUCGAGCGGAGACGUGUUAUGCUCGAGAUGUCAUCAGAUGGCUGGAUAAUGAACUGAUCCGUUUUGCUUCCAAGUUUGGGGACUACAUACAAGAAGAUCCAUCUUCCUUUCGCCUGUCAGCCAACUUCUCUUUGUACCCACAGUUCAUGUACCAUUUAAGGAGGUCACAGUUUAUUGACAUCUUUAAUAGCAGUCCUGAUGAAACUGCUUUCUUCCGACUGAUGCUGAACCGUGAAGGGGUGGUGGGUUCUGUUAUAAUGAUACAACCCACCCUUUUCCAAUACUCUUUUGAUGGGCCUCCUGUUCCAGUCCUCCUGGAUGUUCGCUCAAUCUCUCCAGACGUUAUUUUGCUAUUUGAUUCUUACUUCUAUGUCGUAAUUCAUUAUGGGUCUAAGAUUGCUCAGUGGCGGAAGCUUGGGUAUGACAGGGACCCAAACAAUGAGAAUCUGCGAAAGCUGUUGGAAGCCCCAGAGCUUGAUGCAGAGCAAGUAGUAGCAGAACGGAUUCCAGUGCCCAAGCUUAUAAAGUGUGACCAACACAGCAGUCAAGCAAGAUUUCUUCUUGCCAAGUUGAAUCCAUCUGUUACUCAGCAUUCAACACACACGGAUGGUAUGGAUUUCAUAUUUACUGAUGAUUUUAGCUUGCAAGUUUUUAUUGAACACUUGCAGACCUUGGCAGUGCAAGGUUGAUGAGGCAGAUUUGUAUAGAAGGUUUCUUCAUUUUCUGUAAUUAUAGGAAAGGAAAAAAAUCAGAUAUCGUUUUCUCAGAAAGAGGUGUAUGGUUGUCCCUUGCUCCAGGUGUGAGGUUUUGUUUAAAUAAUUUUGCUUUUUGCUUUGUUUUACUAA